AUGUCAAGAUCACAUGUUUUGCACUAUAUGUAACGUAAAAACAUUUUAAUUAUAAUUUGUAUGUGAUUUUUAAGCGGUGGAGAUGGUUUUAGCCUUUAUAAUCGCUUCGGCAGCUCAGUCGCCAGUUAUUUUAUAUUCAGUGAUAUACGGGGAAACGUUUAUAAAUACGCAAUGCGAGAAAGAAGAGGGACAAGAAGGAAGCGACUCCAUUUCUUUCAUUAGAAAACAGAGAAACUUAUUGGAAAAAGACGUGGUGAGAAAAGUUAAAGUAGAAUUCGAUUUUAAUAAUUCGUGCGUAUUGCCUUCGCCGUUUGGAACCAUCGAACCCUUUCUAGAUUCGAGAGAACACGAAACAGGUGGAGUGUUUUCUUAUCGAUUUAAAAAUGGAGAAGAGAAAGUCAUUUGUUGGCAUUCGUUAAAAGGAAGAAUUUAUAUCCUUCUUUGUGAAAAACACGAGAAUAGAGUUCUGGCAGGACGCAUUCUGAUAACGCUGGUUGCAAAAUUGCAGGAGUAUUUGCCGGCUGCAAAUGUUAUAUUAAUGGAACCGAUAAACAAAGUGGAGAUAGUUGCUUCUCUUGUUAAUACUUUCUUACCGAAUGGACAAUUAUUGUUUGUGCAUCAUCGUCCUUUAAAACAAUUAGAUAAAAAUUUACAUAAAUUAGUCGCCUAGCUUAACAAUUCGAACCAAAAAGUUAAAAAUAUGAUAAAGAAACCAAAAUUAAUGUACAUUUUUUAAUAAUGGAAAUUUCUUUUAAAUGGUAUUUAUUUUUUUAUAAAGUAUAUAUAAAUAUUUGAUGAAUUGUUGAUUAUAUACUUGAAGGUGUAAAGAAUAUGUACUUUACAAUUAAUUUAUAUUUAUUACGUACUUUUUUAAAUUAAAAGUUAAUACAAAUUUAUAUAUGAGUUGUUUAUUCCUUUAGUUUCUGAGUAUUUAUUAAGUUAGCUAAAUUAAAGUAAGCUCUCGUUCUCUCUUCUAAAAUCUUGCGCCAAAUAUGUCCUGUGAGGCAGAUCCAAUGAUAUAUGGUUUAAUUUUUCACCCACAUCGAGCCAUCUUCAUGCAGUGUGGAAUAUGGAUAUUAUAUUGUGACCAAGUUCUGUAUAUGUUCCAAUUCGUAUAUCUAUGAAACGUAUUCAGAUGGUAUGCAGCACAUUUGUAUGUGUGUUUCCAUUUUCGAGGCAACUGUGACUAGUUUGGUAAUAAUGACAGUCUUUUACGGAUUAUCAGGAAAUUGCUAACCUUGUUAUUUGCCUCUUAUGACAUGAAAGAAUACAGUAUGUUUCUCAAUCUAAUAGUGCUUCAGCCACAGCCCCACUAGAGGCCGACUGGAUAAAAUCACUGAACACUGGUAGUAGUCAUGGUUUCGUGCAUCACGAAUGGACUGGCCACGGAGUUUUCUAGUUUUACGUCUAAAUACGGACUAGUUUUCAUAGAAAGAACUCCAGAAGGCAUUUCCUUCUUGAUCUCCCAUACCUUAAGAAUCCACAAAAUCAGCCAAUUUUUAUAUGCAUUAUGUAUCUUGUUAUUAUAAUAAAAUUUUAAAAGUGUCGAGAAGAUUCUAAAUGUCCACAUUUUUAUAUUAAUAGAAGUUAAGGUUGACAAAAAAAAGUGCCUAAUAGUUUGAAGACUUCUCUGAUAUGUGGCGACCUCUAUUGGCCAAUUUUAAAAACAUUGUUAUUAUUUUUCAGACACGUUCGCUCAUUGUUUAUUCUAUUAAGCUGUACGAAAAGAGAAAAGAAAACUUAUUCUAAACUAUUUAGGACAUGAUACGUU